AGACCAAACGCUGAACCAAGAGACAAUGAAUGGAAAGCUUCAAGGUGCUAGUUUUGUGCUCUCUUUUGUUCUCCUUCAUACCAAGUUUCAACACGCUGGACACCAUUGCUCCAGGACAAUCUGUCAAAGAUAAUGAGACUCUAGUUUCAGCAUCUGGGAUUUUUGAAGCUGGAUUCUUCAACUUUGGAGAUCAAAAUAGCCAAUAUUUUGGUAUAUGGUACAAGGGUCUUUCUCCAAGAACAGUUGUAUGGAUAGCAAAUAGAGAUACCCCACUUGGAAGCUCCUCAGGUGUUUUGAAUGUCACUGAUGGAGGAAAUCUUGUUAUUCUUAAUAGCACAGGUUCUUCAAUCUGGUUCACCAAUACAUCAACAACUGCAAAGAAUCCAAUUGUGCAACUCUUGGAAACUGGAAACCUUGUUGUGAAAGAAGAAAGCAACCCAGAGAAUCUUCUGUGGCAGAGUUUUGAUCAUCCUGGGGACACUUUGCUCCCAGGGAUGAAAAUUACAAGCAACAUAGUAAGUGGUAAUUAUACAUCUCUGAUAUCAUGGAGAGACACACAAAAUCCUGGUACUGGUUUGUAUUCAUACCAUAUAGAUACUCAUGGUUAUCCUCAAGUAGUGAUUACAAAGGGAGAGACAUUAUUGUAUAGAACAGGUUCAUGGAAUGGCAAUACUUUAUCUGGAAUUUCUUCUGAAACACUGUACAAAAACUUCAAUUUCUCUUUUGUGAUAACUGAUCAGGAAGUUUCUUAUGGUUUUGAACUCUUUAACCAGUCAAUUAUUACAAGAUACAUACUCACUUCAACAGGUCAAGUUGAACGUUUCAAAUUUUCAGAUCAGACAAAUAGUUGGCAGAUUUUCUUUUCUGGCCCUGUAGACCAGUGUGAUAAUUAUGCCAUUUGUGGUGCAAAUUCUAAUUGUGAUGUUAAUAACUCUCCAAUAUGCGAAUGCCUUCAGGGUUUCAUUCCCAAAUCUCAAGAUAAUUGGAAUUCACAAAAGUGGUCUGAUGGGUGUGUUAGGAGAGUUAAUUUAACUUGUGGCAACAGUGAUGAUGGCUUUCUGAUGUAUCCGGGAAUGAAAUUGCCUGACACAUCAACCUCAUGGUUUAAUAAGAGCAUGACCCUUGAGGAAUGUAAGAACUUUUGUUUGAAAAACUGCUCUUGCACAGCAUGUGCAAAUUUAGAUAUCAGAGAUGGUGGAAGUGGCUGCUUGCUUUGGUUUAAUAAAAUUGUGGAUGUGAGAAAACUACCCUCUGGAGGACAAGAUUUUUAUGUAAGAGUGGCAUCUUCAGAACUAGACCAUAAAAAGGGCUUGAACAAGAAGAAGCUUGCAGGAAUUUUGGUAACCUGUAUGUUCGUCUUUGUCAUGAUAAUACUGGGAGUGGCCAUACUUUGGAGGAAGAAACUCAAGAAGCAAGGGAAGAACCAAAUAACUAGCUGGAAGAAUCACGCUGAUAACAAAGAGAAGGAAGACAUUGACAUACCAAUAUUUGAUUUAUCAACCAUAGCUAACGCAACUAGUAACUUCUCCAUUACUAAAAAAUUGGGAGAAGGUGGAUUUGGACCAGUUUACAAGGGUACAUUGACAAAUGGGCAAGAUAUAGCAGUGAAGAGGCUUUGCAAAAAUUCAGGACAAGGACCAAAAGAGUUCAUAAAUGAAGUAGUGCUAAUUGCCAAUCUUCAGCAUCGAAAUCUUGUGAAACUUCUUGGGUGCUGCAUUCAUGAUGCUGAGAGACUCUUAAUAUAUGAAUUCUUGACCAACAGAAGCUUGGACUGCUUCAUUUUUGAUCAAGCUAGAAAAAGUUCACUGCAUUGGGCUCAGCGUUUCCAAAUUAUUUGUGGGAUUGCAAGAGGGCUUCUCUAUCUUCAUGAAGAUUCUAGAUUAAGGAUUAUCCACAGAGAUCUCAAAACUAGCAAUAUUCUUCUUGAUGAAAAUAUGAAUCCAAAAAUAUCAGACUUUGGUCUUGCUAGAGCAUUUGGGGGAGAUGAAGAUGAAGGCAUAACAAAGAGAAUAGCAGGAACUUAUGGCUAUAUUUCUCCAGAGUAUGCAGCCCAUGGAUUUUUCUCUGUGAAAUCUGAUGUCUUCAGUUUUGGUGUUAUUGUACUAGAGAUAAUUAGUGGAACUAAAAAUAGGGAAUAUUUUGACCAUCAUGAUCUUGACCUUCUUGGACAUGCAUGGAGACUGUGGAGUGAAGAGAAGUCAUUGAAGCUGAUAGAUGAAUCACUAGGUGAUUCAAUUGGUUUUGCUGAAGCUGAAAUAUUGAGAUGCAUUAUCAUUGGACUUUUAUGUGUACAAGAUAGACCAGAGGAUAGGCCAGACAUGUCAGCUGUAGUUCUAAUGCUGAAUGGUGAGAAACCAUUGCCAAGGCCAAGGGAACCUGCCUUUUAUCCACACCAAUUUGGCUCUUCAUCAGGAAGUACUAAACUGCAUUCAGCCAAUGAAAUUUCCAUGUCAUUGUUAAAUGCAAGAUAGUUUAUAUGUAGUUUUUAGACUUCCAUGCAAAUGAAAGGGUUACACCCUCUCAAUGUGUAUGACUGAUUACAGAAAGGUGU